GUUUCUCGUCCCCAGAUGUCAGGCAGAACGCAAAGAACGUGGCCGCUUCUAUGUCGUCCCUGGCCGCGUGUCAGAUUCGCCGCGUUGGAGUAGUUGUAGUUCCUGUAUUACUGUUGUUACCUUCUUCGUUCCUGUGAGGUUUUAAUGUUUUCGUUUUGCCAUGAGAUGGGCCAGUACGUUGAGAAGAUACUGGCUUCAACUGGCCUCUCCUACAACCUGUUGAUGUUUUAUGUCGGAGCCUUGUUGAUCUUAGCCGUCUUCUGUAUGUCUUUGGCGCUGUAUUUGACGAGCUCACCAUUCCCUCGUGUCGUUAGAUACGAUAAUGAACUACAUUUCCUGGAUCCGAACUCGGGAGAGUUCAAGGCAUUCCCAAACUACUAUGACCCGCCCACAGGUCAGGUUCUGUCAAUGCACCAAAUAGAUAACCCCUGCCAAAAUUUUCAUCUCCUUGCAGUGCCUCCGAUGCUGGACGAGUGCCUGGAUUACCUGGAGGGGAGGCAGAAGGGCGACUCCAAGUUCUCGUACGAGGUCAUCGUGGUGGACGAUGGCAGCCGGGACCGAACGACGGACGUGGGUCUCAAGUAUUCCCGAAAGAUGGGGACUAACAAAGUGAGGGUCCUCACUCUGGUCAAGAAUCGAGGGAAAGGAGGAGCUGUGACACUGGGAAUGAUGAGCAGUCGAGGGAAGUUCCUUCUGUUUGCUGAUGCAGAUGGUGCCACUCUCUUCAAGGAUAUCGAGAAACUGGAGGCUUCGGCAAAAAAAUUGAUAUCACUGGUCCCAGUGGAAGAAGAGAUGGGGAAUUCCUCAACGGGAGCAACAGAGCAGAAGAAGAACAAAGAAGGUGAGCAAGCCUCGAAUGACAUAAACUGGGAACGCCCUGCCGUGAUUGUGGGAUCUCGUGCUCACAUGGAAUCUGAGUCCAUCGCCAAGAGAUCCUACAUACGAACUCUCCUCAUGCUGGGCUUUCAUCUUCUGGUGCGUCUUUUUGGGGUGAAGGGCAUCCGAGACACCCAGUGUGGGUUCAAGCUCUUCACCCGCCAGGCUGCUCGACUCUGUUUCUCAAAUCUUCAUGUCCAGAAGUGGGCAUUUGAUGUUGAGCUUCUGAAAAUUGCAUACUACUUCAACAUGCGGAUGGAGGAAGUGGCUGUGACGUGGACAGAAAUUGAAGGUUCCAAGGUGAUUCCAGUAUGGAGUUGGGUGCAGAUGGGCAAAGAUCUCAUGGUGAUCUGGUUUCGAUACAAGGCAGGCAUUUGGAGAAUCACUCCCAAGAUCAAUUGAUGCCUCUGUGUGAAGGCUUAGUUUCAAUUUUUUUAAAUACAAAGAAUCACGUCAUCUGUGAUGCAUUUCAAGGCUGUCGUGUGACGCAAGCACUCUCCUUGCCUCCAGUUUGCAUCUUCUGCAGAUAUGGGCGUUCUCUUGUGGGGUUUUGUCUGUCCUGAUGUGUUCCGGUGUCUUUAGUUGGAGGGCAGUUGUGAGGUGUGAGCUGUCACUCUUCAACAAUGUCAAUUUACUUGCCAGAGCUUGAUAUUGAAUUGGUUAAAUGAGCAUUGUUUAAAUGCUAUGAAGUAUUGUAAGGUGUAGUCAAUUCUGGUAGGCCAGUUCAUGCAGUUUUUUUUCCCUCUAAGAAAAGGUCAAAAUAGUUACUGUCCUUUGUCUUUUGAAUGAUAUUAGCCCACAAGAUGAUUUGAAUUGAUAUGAGACUUCUAUUUCUCCCAAACAAACAGAAUGCAUGAGCCUCUGCCACAUCGCUGGCAGACCUUGAGAGUGUCUCCUGGUCAUUAUAUCCCUCCCCUCCCAUGAAAAAACAUGCUUGGGUUUUCUGAUCUUCCAGGCACUGCCAUUGUCUUCUGAGUACAAUGUCAUCCUUGUUGAAAUGAAGCACUAGUUUUCCCAACA